ACUCAUUGGUUGGCACGUUUUACAAUAACUGUUGUUACUACCAUUUUUUUUAUUUUUAAUUCAGUCGUUCUAGAACUAUUAUAUUAUUUGUGGUCGAUCCGCAUGCCAAAGACAAGUGUCUGUCGCUUACAACACACAAAUUCUCAGACGCAAAAGUGUUUUCCCUUUUUGUGUUUCAAUGUUUGAAUAAUUCAUCAAUAACUCUGAUAUAAAAGUCAACAUGGAAACAGUUGUGGUGGAAUCUGAAGUAUUUGAAACUACUAGAAACGGCAUUGAAAUCUUGCUAACUGAAUUAAAAGAGAUGGAAGAUAAUUCUGAUAACGUUGAAAGUUGUUCUAUGAUGAAAGAUGAUGUUACUGAUGCCAUCGAAUCAUUGUGUAUUGCUGAUACUCAACCAGAAUAUUUCAAUGAUAGUGAUCCAAGCACUUUAGUUGAUAAUUUUAAUGAUACUAAAAGUGAAGUGAGUUCUAUUGGACAAAAUCAACAAUUAAUUUCUACAAUUGAAGAUCCAAAAGCAAUAAUGAACCAGAUUAAAAAUCUUCGAUGUUUAUUUACAUGGAAUAUAAAACCAAAUAAUGAGAAUAAUUUAAUUGUAUUGAUACAGAAUAAAUUUGGAGAAUACAACUUAAAUAUUUGUUCAUCUGAGUUUACAUUAGAAAGGUAUGUUGGCAAUUUAAUUAUUGCUUAUGAAUUGUUUCAUAAGAAUGAACCCGAAUUAGCCCAAAUGAAAUUGUUGGAAAUUCAAAAUUGGCUUGAAGAAUUAGAUAAAGGUACUGAUGAGUUUUAUUUGUCUAUUAAAAUUGGUCUUCAACAUGUCACGAAAGCUACUUUCAUUCAUAUGUUAUAUGCUACAAAUCUUAUUGAAGAAUGUAAAUGGAUAUUGAAUGAUGUUGUAUUAUAUUCCCAUAUGAAUUUCAAAUCAAGAGCAACUAUUCAUGCAAUAUGUGCGGCUGUAUUAACUGAAUAUGGUGCAAAUAAUAUGAUCUAUUUAAAAAACGCUUGCAACAAUGCAAAGAUAGCAUGUGAUUUAGAUCCUACAACUUCUCAUUGGUUUUAUACUUAUUCACUUGCAUUGACAGCUAACAGACAAUUCUCACAUAAGUCAAAUCCUACUAAAAAUGAAAUUAAUGCAAUUAAUCAAGCAGUUAUGUUGUCAAAUGGGAAAAAUGUUCUUUUUAAUUACCAUCAAUUGAUUCUAUGUAGAUAUGAUAUAGUAAGAAAUACUAUAAAAAAAAAAUCCCUGAUUAAACAAAAUUUACAACAUAAAAAAUGUGUUUAUAUUAUCAAAAACAUAAUAAGCAUGGAUCCAAAAGACCCUCUUUUGAUAGUUAAGUGUGCUAGAAUUUUAAUGACUCUUCCUAUUAUGGCUCUUGAUUUUAAUCUGGGAAAACAAUGUUUAAUAAAAGCCUUUGAAAUGGCAUCAAAUGAUGAGACGGUUUUAAAAGCUAUUAGUGAAGCAGUCAACGCAUAUUAUAAUAAUAUUAAACCUAAAACAACUGUAACUAAGCCAAAUCAACCACCACCAAGGAUUAAAAGAUCAAAACUAGGAAAUGAUUUAAGAUUUAUAAUGAAAAAACAUAUGAAUGGAGAAGAUCCUGUUCCUUACCUGACCAAUUUAGUUUCUAAAUAUGAUGGACUUGAACAAUCAAUAGUUAUAGCUCAACUAUGUUCCUAUACAAUAUUAUUCACAGACAACUUAAAAUUUGGCAUUGAACAGUUCAUUAAGUUGAUUGAACAACCAGGAAUUGCCAAUAACGAUAUUAUCACAAAACAUACUUCAUCAUUUGGUUCACAGAAAUUUAAUUUAUCAGAGCUAAUUUAUAAUGAAAUCAGAUUGGCUACAAAUUUAAGUGGCACUUCUACUGAAGAUAUAUUGUAUUAUUAUAAAAUAUUAGCUAAAAUCAUGGAAACAUGUAAUUUAGAGAUUAAAGAUAUAGACUCAUCAAUGAAAGCUAAGCUCAUUGCUGAUUCAUCUGUUAAGUCAGAUCGUUAUGGAUUUUCAAAUAGAAGAGUCCAAUGUAAGACUAAGAGUGUGAACAAAAAUAAUGUUUUAAAAAAUAAACGGUCAAAAGCAAAGAAGGUCAAUUUAAGGAAAGUUAAAAUACCCAAAAUGUCUUCUGAUGGGUAUAGGGUCAGACUUUCCAAUAAAUCUAUAACUUUGACCAUGCAAUCAAAUUUAGAAACAUGAACAGAAGUGUACCAGCAAGCAUUUUAAAACAUUUAUUUAACAUACGACAACACUUGAAUUCAACUAAUGUUUUUUCUGCUGAUCUUAAGAGGAUGCUACUUAGAUAAUGAAAACCAUAUAAUUAUCAAUACCCUUUUCUGCUUUAAGAGUAGAGUUUGUUUACAUUUAAUUUUUUUUUUUUAAUAAUAAAAAUAAUUUAAUUUUAAUUAAUACCAAAAUAUUUUAAGAUUGUUGCAAAAUCACUUUAUAGAAGAAAAUAUUAUCUUUGCUAAAAUAUAAUUAAAUGUUCAAAAACUUAAUCCAUUUAUUUUAACUUCUGUGUUAUUUAUUUGCACUCAUUCUGUUUUCACACUACUGUUUGUUAGUGGGUAGCUUCCUCUUAAGAGGUAUUACUAAAAUAUGUACACAUUUAACGGUCUAGAGAUAGAUCUAUUUUUAGCUUCACUCAUUAACAUAUUUUAUAUUAUACACCUAUGAACCAAACUGUCUAAGAUACUUAUAUCAGUUUCCUUUUAAAGUCUAAUUUUGAUAUUUUUAAGCCUUCAUAAAAUAUUUCAUGAUGA